GAGUGCCAAGUGGAGGUAUGAAUUUUUUUGACAAUUAACAACAAUUCGUGGUGUUUGCGUGUGAUAAUUUCUCUAAUGUCCCCAAUGUGUAUAUGCUGCAUAAUACUUUAAUCAUUUACUUCGCUAUUCCCACCUGUAAGCUAAGAAAUGGCUUCCCCACGAACACGUAGGAAGCUGAACUCUAUACGAAAUAUAGACGACAAUAAUAAAUGUUUCGAGUGUGGUACGUUGAAUCCUCAAUGGGUUUCGGUCACGUACGGCAUCUGGAUAUGCUUAGAAUGCUCCGGGGUUCACCGAAGCCUCGGGGUGCACCUUUCCUUCGUCCGCAGUGUCACCAUGGACAAAUGGAAAGACAUUGAGCUAGAAAAAAUGAUGGUCGGGGGGAACGGGAAAGCCCGAGAGUUCUUCGAGAGCUCGUCUGACUUCAAGCCGGGGCUCACAAUACCCCAAAAGUACAACACAAAAGCUGCGGCUAUGUACCGGCAAAAGAUCUGUGCACUAGCGGAGGGUAAAUCAUGGACCGCCUCGGACUACAAACCAGAGACUCUGGAAAAGUCCCAGGACUGGGCCGUCUCUCGCGACUUCUAUUCGUCGGGAGACAGCACUUUCCACACGAGCGGCUCGGAUAAUAACAUCAGUUAUCAUACGGAGUAUGGGAGUGGACGUUACACCGGUUUCGGCAACUGCAACAACCAGAAGCAGUCGGCGUCCACUCCGAUGUCGCCGAUGCACGGCAACGAAAUGGUGGACAACACUCUUGCUUCAUUAGCUACUGGUUGGUCCAUGUUUGCAUCAUCGGUGACUAAGGCAGCUCGAACGGCAACUGAGAGCGCCGUGCGUUACGGAGGCAUCGCUUCCCAAAAAGUAUCGGAGAUGGCAUCUACUGUUACUGAAAAGGUGAACACCCGCGGCGGUUGGAGUACUCUGGGCGGCACUACCGAUCAGAGACGCGCGUCCAACACCAGCACGUCUUACCAGUCGCCCAGCUAUGGCGCCAUGAAGAGUUCCACUUCCGAACCAUACUCCCAGUGGAACGAACAACUUCAGCCAUGGAAGGAAUCGGUGACAACCCGCAACAACUUGGAUUCCCGUGAUCUGUCCCAAUUCGGGGUGUCCAGCCCCCCGCCCGAUAUCAAGAACAUCACGAUUAAGAAGAAGAACGCGUCUGAUGAAGACUCUUGGGACUGGCUUAAUAACUAAGCUGAUCAUCACAAGAACGCGAGAAGACGGCCUGUAAGAUCCAGAUAAGGCCGCAAAUAUCUAUCCUUUAGUUGAAUUACGCAUUUUCACACAUUUAUAUAUAUGUAUAAAUAUGUAUUCAAAAUUACAAUUGUAAGAUAUAUAUUGAGAUACAAAAUUCACAUAUGCAUGUAUGUAUAUGUAUUAAUUUAGCCAUGGAAAUCAGUAUUCAUAAUUGUUGAAGAUUUUAUUUGUAAAUACUUUGUAAAAGUUGGCAAUGUAUUCGGAAUUACUCUUAAGUUGGCAAUCGUUCUUUAUUGUUUUUCUAUCGAUUCUUAGUUAUUGUGUGGCAGUAGGAAAAAUGUGUUUAGGUAGUGCUCCGAACCAUUUUGUAUAAAGCAAUAUUUCGACCAUCAUUGGGAAUUGUAUCAACUAUAAAAUCAAUAUCAAAAAAUUUAUUCAAAAUUUGCUGAAAACCAGCACUUUUCGAACAUCAAAAUUACAUCAGACGGCCCACCACUUCCUUAUGUUUAGUCUGGGAAGAAGUUGCAUUAUAAACUCCACAGCAACACAUGUCUGUCUGUUAGAUUUAAAGAUCUCAAUACAACACUAUGUAUGUCUAUGUAACACGAUAACAUACUCUCACUAUGUAUGUCUAACCAGCAUGACUAGACAUCUCUUUCCUGGACUAAAUGUCUAUGGAUCAGAGUCGCCACAAAAUGGCUUCCCCACUACCCUAACAAUAUUUUUGGGAUUGAUUGUGUAAAGCGUACAUCUUAUGAAGGUAAUUAAAUAAAGGAACUAAGAGUCGAUAGAACCGUUUUCGCUUGAAAACCAAUUGGCAUGAUAUAUAAUUGUAUUACAUUGACCACUCACCCUCUGGGUAUUUACAAAUAAAAUAUGACAUGUAUGUAGUUACAGCUUUAUUCGGAACUGAACAAAUUGUGUUGGCUGAAUCUAUUAUUUUAUUAUAUCUAUUAGAUACAUUGAUAACAUUUAUUUAAGAAAAUCUACGAAGUUAUUUAAUACUAAAAUUCUGUCCAUUUUAGUGCCACAUUGUUUUCUAAAAAAAUAUUGUUUAAACAUCUGUUAUGUGAUGGCACAAACGCCAAUAUCUUUGUCCAAUAAUUUUAAAAGGCUUUGCAUACAUUCUUAUAAAACACUGUUACUACAAAGUGACUUUUUCCUCCUCUAUUUUCAUUAAUAGCCUCGUGGACAAAGAUCGCUCGAAGCCAUACUGGCCUACUUGUAAAACUAGGCCUUCAUUAUUGUCGUAAUAGCUUAAUUUAGUUUUAAGAAAGGUGUAAGACGGCAUCGCAAAGUUUGCCAUUCAAAAAGACUUAAGUCUGAACAAAAUGGCAGACGACGCGAUGAGAGAUUGCUAGGCAAAUUAAGAUGAAGGCUUAUAUUAUAUAUAUAUACGUGUUUAUAUUUUGUUGGAUGAACAACCGCUAUUAACAUAUCGUUUAUAAUGUUUUGAGACAUAGAUUUCAUGGAUAAAUCGUCUUUGCAUUAACAGCAGCGAUAGUUUAUUUAGCAGUGGUUUUCACAACGCAUCAAUGAGCCCAUUCCAUCUAACUAAAAAAAUCUCGGCAUUUAUAUUUAUAGUUUAUAAUUACUAGGCAAGCCAUAAUAUGUAUUAUGUUGCUAAAACGACAUUAUUAUUUGUAUUUUCAUUUUGAAUAAAUCGAAAUUCUCGGAAGUUGUUUUUGUAUUAAGACUGUUGUAUCGUUCGAUCCCCUACCCUUUUAGUGAUGUCCACUACAUCAUGUCCUCUCGAUGUCGAUAGAUAUUUUAUAUACAAUUUUAAUGGUAUUAAAACAUCCUAUUAUAACUACUCUGCCUAUCCACUACCGUCCUCUUGUGAUUAUUCAAAUUUUAUCGAAAUAUUAUUUACUAUGAAAAGGCUAAUGUAAUUUAUAUUUUUAUCGUCAACUAUCUAUCGACUUCGACAAAGGCUUGUACGUUCAUCCAUGAUUUGUUGAAUUUCGUACAAACAUUGUGAUAUACCCUGAAAUAAAUUGCAGAAAUUCUUUAAAUUCUAUAAAAAAAGAAGUAAAAUUGGUAUCAUUUCACGGAAAAGGGACAAGGCUUACCUUCGUACAUUUUGUAUUGGAUCGAAACAAAUUAAUUUUCAUGUUACCAAUAUAUUUUUGGCAAUGUUUUUACCCUCGAUUAUAUUAUUUUCUACGUUGUAAGAUCAAGGUUUAUACUUAUGUACAAAUUAAUAAUAUUAUAAUAAUUUAAUUUUAUAUUUUGCUUGUAAGAUUCUGAAUGUUAUUUACUUUAUAUUGUAAUUCGUUUUACAACUGUGGGCUCACAGUUAAACAGACGAUGUAACGAUUACUUUAAAAAUUUUGUCAUCAGGUUAUUUGAUCGAAUUAAAAUUAGUUUGAAGAUUA